UGCUGAAAGCUCUUUAGUGUUGGGUUUAUUCUUGAGGUACAUGGCUGUGUGUGUCCUCGUUCUGUGUUAUAGCCAAUUAUCCCAUUAUACAACAACAGAUAUCAAAGUUUCCGUUGGAGCGCCGUCGCAUGGGAGUCAAGCUCCUUUGGAAAGCAUAAGGAAUUAAAGGAAUUGACUGGACUUCGCCGAAUGCAAUUGGGAAUUCAACCUGACUUGCGAGGCAGUGAGGCGUCAUGAUGUGGAGAGACGUGGGAGUAACACUGAUACUGUCACUAAUCCUGCCUGUGGUUGCUCAGGGAGCACGCCACACCCCCCCAGGAAAGCCCAAGCUGACCAGCUGUAGGUCCCCAGAUAAGGAGACCUUCACCUGCUGGUGGGAGGCAGGCUCUGAUGGGGGGCGACCCACCACCUACUCCCUUUUCUACCACAAAGAGAACUCUGAAACAGUCUAUGAGUGUCCAGACUACCAUACAGCGGGGGCCAACUCCUGUUUCUUCAGCAAGAAUGAAACAUCCAUCUGGGUCAACUACAACAUCACUGUAGUGGCCACCAACGCCCUCGGCAACAACUUCUCUGACCCUGUGGAUGUAGACGUGGUCUAUAUAGUCCAGCCACACACACCAGAGAACGUGACGGUAGGGGUGUUGGAGGACGAAGAUGGUCCCUUCCUCAGGGUGUCAUGGGAACCGCCCAGUAAGGCCGACACACGUUCCGGCUGGAUCACCCUCAUCUAUGAGCUCAGGGUCAAACUGGAGGAGGCGGAGGAGUGGGAGGAGCACCGCGCAGGUCAGCAGAAAAUGUUCAACAUCUUCAGCCUGCACUCUGGUGGUGUCUACAUGGUGCAGGUCCGUUGUAAGCCAGACCACGGCUUCUGGAGCGAGUGGAGCACCGCCAGCUAUGUCAUAGUUCCAGACUACAUCCCCCGGGAACGAUCCAUGUGGAUCCUGAUAGCCGUCUUCUCUGCCUUCAUCUUCUUGAUUCUCACAUGGAUUAUCACCUUGAACAGAAGCAGUGUGAAGCACUGUCUACUACCUCCCGUUCCUGGACCUAAAAUAAAAGGAUUUGAUCAACAGCUUCUCAAGAAGGGCAAGCCAGAAGAGGUUUUCAACUCCCUGGUAGUCCAAAGUUUCCCUCCGAGGUCUACUGACUACGAGGAUCUGCUGGUGGAAUACCUGGAUGUGUACGUCAACGAGAAACAGGAACUGAUGCCGGAGGGAAAAGACCUCCAAGAUGUUGGCUGCCUCAAGUCCAAGAGCCAGUCGGACAACGACUCGGGCCGGGGCAGCUGUGACAGCCACACCUUGCUGAUGGAGAAGUGUGGAGGUGUGGAGUCCAAGGACGAGUCGAGCUACGAGGAACCCGAGCUACUGCAAGGCCAGGCGGGGUCUUGGGAGAGGCUGGAGAGGGGAGACAGCCAGCUGGUAGUCUUCUCCCCGUCGAUCCAUGGAUCCUCCGACAACCACCACUAUGGUACACUUGAGAUGCCCAAGCAGCACAGCACAAGUGAGAUAACAUACAGCGUCAAAGAUCACCUCUUCCCCACAUCCACCUCCUUUCCCCACCACCACCCAGAGUACAGAGACAGCCUGGGAGAGUACAGCGAGUACCGUUGCAGCAGAUCCCCAUCCACUGGAGUUGCAUACCACUGGGAGGCCCAGCACCACCCCCAGGCCCACAGCAACUUCAACAUCCGCAAUGUGGAGCGCCAGAAAGAAGCCACGGGGCUUGGGCUGCCCCCCUCCCGGUCCAUGGAGUACGUGGAGGUCCAGAAAGUGAACCAGGAGAACCAGCUGGUCCUGAAGCCCCUCUCCAGCCAUGGCCGGGGCCCCUUCCAGGUGCAGUUCGGCAGGGCCGGGGUGGACUACAGUAAAGUCAACGGGGUGAACAAUGACAACGUGCUCUUGCUGCAGAGGCAGAGGGAGAUGGCUGAGGCUGGGCAGUACUGUGACUACCGGGAGAAGGAGGAGGCUGAGGCUGAGAGAUAUCCCACACAGCAGCAGGGCAAGACGACCAAAGACGGACCUGUAGCUACCCAGCUCCACGAGAGCAUGUGCCUGACCACCAGCGGCUAUGUGGACACUGCCCCCAUGAUGCCCACCUUCUAGACUAAUCUACCCUGCAUGAGGGUCUGAAAGACAGUCUGUGUGCUAAACUCCCUGCUCCUCCUGUAGUCAUGAGCUGGGUUGUGACGUCACACAGUUAGACAGUUUGCUAUUGUGACUCUCCCUUCUGUCAGUCUCCAGCUCAGCACAGGAGUUUUGUACAUUGAGGAUGCCUGGAUGGAUAGUUCUGUGGAGAAUAAAAAACGGUUCUCUCGAAGGCUAAGCUAACCCCCCAAAAACUUACAAACACUUUGAGAUAGUGAGGAGAGUUUCUGUCAGAGGCGGAACCAAAACCCUUUAGCUCACUCACAAACUGUUAAAGAACCAACUAUAUAUGUGUACUUCAUGCAAGAACCGAUGGAAAACAGUUUUAUGCUUCAGAAUCCACAGACUGAAUAGCUAUAUAUUUAUUUUUUUAUUAUACAUGAUUAUUCAUGAUAAUGAAUGUAUUUGAUCAUAAUGGUGUAAAUGAUUUCUUAUUUCAGCUCUGUUGUCUCUCUAUGUAAUGCAAAUUGAAACUCUACUGAUUUCCAAAAGGUACUACUGCAGACUAUUUCCUCAACCGACUUGCAAAGGAUACCUUUCUGUGGACAGAUAAUAUGCGGGUGUAAUGUGAAAUGAUUCUUGUAGAACCACGACUGGGGAAACCUCUAAAUGAAUCUAAAUGUAUUAUUUGGACUUUGAUAAAUGUGUCUAGUCUCAGAGGGAUACUGUACCAGCGGAUGAUUCAGUUUUUUGGUUUAGAAAACGUUUCUCUAUUAUCUGUAAGUACAAUUUUGUAUUAAAGAAAAUAAAAAAGUACAAAGAGAAAAGCACAACAAAAAGAAAUACAGGGAUAUUUUUCCAUACGGAGUUUAUUUUGGUGUAGGUACAUACAGAUUCAUUACUAUAUUGAUUAUUUGUUCAAUCAAGUAUAUUGUUGAUUUGUUCUGUGAAUUAAAAUGCUGCUCAUUAAAGAUGUAAUAUAGACAAA